AUGCUACUGCGGGUCUCCUGGAGGAGGGCGGCCGCGGCAGUGCUGGCGCCUCCAGCAUCGAAGUCCCGGGAGCCCAUUCGGGGGCUGCGCGUGCGCGCUGUAGAUCAUGCUCCUCAGUCGGCUGUUCCCUCAGAUCCAGCCCCUGUUCCAGAGGCGGAAUCAGUGCUGCGACCUCUCUAUAUGGAUGUGCAAGCUACAACUCCUCUGGACCCCCGGGUGCUUGAUGCCAUGCUUCCUUACUUGAUCAACUACUAUGGGAACCCACACUCUCGAACACAUGCUUAUGGCUGGGAGAGUGAGGCAGCCAUGGAACAUGCUCGCCAGCAAGUAGCAUCUCUGAUUGGGGCUGACCCUCGUGAGAUCAUUUUCACUAGUGGUGCUACUGAAUCCAACAACAUAGCAAUUAAGGACCUGGAGGCUGCCAUCCAGCCAGAUACCAGCCUGGUGUCAGUCAUGACUGUGAACAAUGAGAUUGGAGUGAAGCAGCCUAUUGCGGAAAUAGGGCGGAUUUGCAGUUCCAGAAAGGUAUAUUUCCACACUGAUGCAGCCCAGGCCGUUGGGAAAAUUCCACUUGAUGUCAACGACAUGAAAAUUGACCUCAUGAGCAUCAGUGGUCACAAAAUCUAUGGUCCAAAAGGAGUUGGUGCCAUCUACAUUCGCCGCCGGCCCCGUGUGCGUGUGGAGGCCCUGCAGAGUGGAGGGGGGCAGGAGCGGGGUAUGCGGUCUGGGACAGUGCCCACACCCUUGGUGGUGGGGCUGGGGGCUGCGUGUGAGGUGGCACAACAAGAGAUGGAGUAUGACCACAAGCGAAUCUCAAAGUUAGCAGAGCGACUGACACAGAAGAUAAUGAAGAGCCUUCCAGAUGUGGUGAUGAAUGGGGACCCUGAGCACCAUUAUCCAGGCUGUAUCAACCUCUCCUUUGCAUAUGUGGAAGGAGAGAGUCUGCUGAUGGCACUCAAGGAUGUUGCUUUAUCCUCAGGGAGUGCUUGCACCUCUGCCUCCCUGGAGCCUUCUUACGUCCUUAGAGCGAUUGGCACUGAUGAGGAUUUAGCUCAUUCUUCCAUCAGGUUUGGCAUUGGCCGCUUCACUACAGAGGAGGAAGUGGACUACACCGUGGAGAAGUGCAUCCAGCAUGUGAAGCGUCUUCGAGAAAUGAGCCCUCUCUGGGAGAUGGUACAGGAUGGCAUUGAUCUCAAGAGCAUCAAGUGGACCCAACACUAGAAGAGUUCGCACUUUGUGCUGGCCUUGGUCUCUCCUGCCUCACUGACUCAUGCACACCAGGCACCUUGUUAUACCCAGAGAGUGUUCCAUGUCUAAACCAGAAUUGCUGUAGCCCAGCUAACUUCAGCAUCAGUCCACCUUCAAGACAGAAACACAAG